AUGUCUCCUUCUCAGAUCGAAACAACUUCAUCCCAUGGCAAUGGAAAAGCCACUCACGACACCAAACUCAUCAAAGAGCCUCUCAAGCUAAUUGGUUUACUGGACAAGUACGAGUCUUUCAGCGUCACUCCAGUCAUAGGAACGGAGUUUACGGACGCAAAUGUCGCAGAGUGGUUAAAAGCUGACAACAGCGAUGACCUCAUCCGCGAAUUGGCUAUCACCAUAUCUCGACGUGGUGUCGUCUUCUUUCGCGCCCAGAAAGACCUCACCAAUGAACUUCAGAUGGAGCUUGCCGAUCGCUUGGGGAGGCUCACUGGCAAGCCCGAGUCUUCAACACUUCAUGUUCAUCCAUUACAAAACUUCAAUCCUGACGAAGAGAAGCACAUUAAUACCAUCACGACUGACCAAGCUACCAACCCGGCUGAAGACCUUUGGAAGAACAGGCCCGCCGAUAUUAGAAACAGUUGGCAUACUGAUGCUGGCUAUGAGCCAAACCCUCCAGAUUACUCAAUCUUGAAGGUGGUUAAGAUGCCUCCAACGGGUGGAGAUACAAUGUGGGCUUCAUCAUGUGAAAUCUAUGACAAGAUCUCCCCUCAUUAUCGCAAGUUUCUUGAAGGUUUAACAGCCAGCUUUUCGCAGAGAAGACUGCCACGCGUAGCUAAGGAGAAGGGAUUCGAACUAUAUACCCAGCCACGAGGAUCCCCAAACAACGUGGGUGAUUCUCUCACAACAACUCAUCCAGUCGUUCGUACCAACCCCGUGACAGGCUGGAAAAGUCUCUUUGCAGUUGGCAAUCACUGCGAGAGUAUUAAUGAACUUACACCUGAUGAGAGUAAGCGUCUUCUGGAUUGGUUCCUGCAAAUGAUUGUUGAGGAGCAUGAUUGUCAGCUGAGGCAUCGCUGGCAGAAUCCUUAUGAUCUUGCUAUUUGGGAUAAUCGUACGGUUUAUCACACUGCUAUCUUUGACUACGCUGGGCUUGGUCCACGUACAGGUCAUCGCGCUGUUGGAAUUGGAGAGAAGCCAUACUUUGAUGUCAAAAGCAAGACUCGCCGCGAAGCAUUGGCUAUGGAAGGACACUAA